CCUCGGUCCAAUGGAGCACGAUGCGUUAUUAGUCACCUUGCACGGAUUUGGGAAGGUGCAAACGGAACGUCGCGUGUGCCGCUGCUGUCACUUCCCAUCCAAGGAAGGCUCCGAGAAGCAUGGCUCGCCACGGCUGCUCGCUGUUCGUCGUCCUGGUGGCGUUGGCGGCCGCCUCCGCCGCGCCGGCCCCGCAGCCCUUGCCGCUGCACCCGGCCUCCAGCGAGCUCCCCCUCGCAGAGCUGGCCGCCCAGCGGGGCUUCGUGCUGCCGCCGCGGAAGCCCCUCGCCGAGGUGGCCGUCGACGGCACUGUGACGGGCGCGCAGGGCUUCCCCUUCGGCAUGGCGGACCCUCAGCCGCCGCAGCGUGCCCGCGGUCCCCGUCAAAGGGAGCACGGUGGCACCAGGGCCAAGCGCGCCGCCGACGACGUCUACGACGAGACGAGGCUACCCACCAGUGUGGUGCCGACCAGAUACACGGUGGUCAUGGCGCCCAAUCUGGCCAGUGGUGAGUUCUUCGGGUCGACGGACAUCUAUUUAAACGUGCUGGAGGCCACCUCCCGCAUCGUCCUCCACGGCUCGCCGGACAUCGCGUUCAGCCAAGUCCAGAUCUUCAAGUACUCCGCCGAGCAGAACCGUUUUGAUGAGAACGGCGAGGCCAGGUUCGUUCCGCUGGGCCGCUAUGACGAUGCCGACCGCCUCGUGGUGGACCUGGAGAGGCAGCUGGUGGCAGGCCAGCACUACCUGCUGCGCUUCCCCCUGUUCGGGUCCCGUCUCAGGUCGGACCUCAAGGGCUUCUACUUGUCCACCUACAUGGACCACGAUCGUCACACACACUUCCUGGCGACGACGCAGUUCGAGCCGACGGCCGCUCGCUACGCCUUCCCGUGUUUCGACGAGCCCUCUCUGAAGGCGCGCUUCAAGAUCUUAAUUGAACACGAUCGCAGCCUCUCCGCCAAGUCCAACAUGCCCGAGAUCAGCCGCAACAACAUAUCCUUAGCCAUCGCUCGCACGGAGUUCGACGAGACUCUCCCCAUGUCCACCUACCUCCUCGCGUGGGUGGUCUCCGACUUGGAGAACAUCGCCGCCGACGCGGCCGGCAACUUCAGGACGUGGGGCAGGAGCAGCCUCCUGUCGCCGCGCUCCGCCUACCUCGCCAACACGGUGGGGCCGAAGGCUCUGCAGCUGCUGGAGGAGCUCACGGGCAUCCCGUACGCCCUGCCCAAGGUCGACCAGUUCGCCAUUCCAGACUUCGAGGCCGGCGCCAUGGAGAACUGGGGGCUCGUGACGUUCAAGGAGAGUUACUUGCUGGAGACUGAGGACACAUCGAUUCGCAUCAGAGAGUUCAUCGCGACCACCGUGUGCCACGAACUUGGACACCAAUGGACCGGAAAUCUGGUCACCCUAGACUGGUGGUCCAACACCUGGCUCAACGAAGGCUUCGCGACUUACUUCGAGAACGUCAUCUGUGACAAGAUUUUCCCAGAAUGGAACCUCAUGGACAAAUUUGUGACCGACAACGUGCACGCGGCGAUUGCGAACGACGUUCUGCCCGGUCAGGUAGCCAUGUCGAGCCCUGUGACUACCACAGGCGCCAUUGCAGACAAGUUUGACCACAUCUCGUACAAGAAAGGUGGAUCCGUGCUCCGCAUGUUCGAACACAUCCUCGGAACGACAACGUUCAAGAAGGCCAUAAACCGUUACCUGUCCGAAAAUGCGUUCGGCUCCGGCUCCCCCGACCUCCUCUUCCGCGCCAUGAACGCAGAGGCGGCACUUUCGGGGCCCUCGCUGCCGCCCGGCGCGGACUUCGCCACCAUGGCCAGGUCGUGGACGGAGCAGGCCGGCGUCCCCGUGGUGACAGUCACCCGGAACGCGGAGCGGGGCACUGCCACCAUCACCCAGGAGCAGUUCCUGUACGGGACUCCGGACGAUGAGCAGGCGAUGCUCUGGUACGUGCCCAUCCCGGAAGUGGUGACCGCCAGCACCGGCGACUGGACGAAGACAGCCCCCGCCCGCUGGCUGACCCCGGACGCGCCGACCAUCGCGGACCUCGAGAUCGCCGCCAGCGCCAACGAGUGGAUCGCGGUCAACCCCCAGCAAACCGGCUACUACCUCGUCAACUACGACCCGGCCAACUGGCGGCUGCUGCAGCAGGCCCUCAAGGCCGAGAGGUCGGCCGCCGCCUGGAAGGCGGGCAUCCAGGCGCUCGCCUUCCUGAGGGACCGGCUGGCCAUCACCGAGGCCGCCCAGGCCCUCAGGGCCUUCGUGCGGCAGAUCACCGCCGACGCGUUCGACGCCGUGGGCUUCGAGGCCGAGCGCUCGCCGUCCGUGGAGGACACGGCCAAGGACGAGGAGCGCUACCUGCGCCGCCUCGUCGCCAGCCAGGCGUGCUACGGCGGCAACGAGAAGUGCAUCCGGGGGGCCGAGGCGGCCGUCCAAACGGCGCAACACGACUACUCUCGAGCCCCUGCGGACACCAGGGACGCUGCGUUCUGCUACGCCGUGCAGAACUCGGCCCGCACUAGCGCCAGGAUCCUGGAGAUGUACAUGUCGGCCAAGGUGUCCACAGAGAAGGCGCAGUACGCCGCGGCCCUCGCUUGCACUCGGGGCUACGGCUCUCUCGAGAGCCUUUUAGACAGCAUCCUUAACGGUCAGGGGUAUCCGCGGCCGACUGCAACGGACUUGAGGGUCCUCAUUAACGCCAUCCUCAGCCAGUGGGACAACCACAAAUUCAUGCUAGCAUACUUCCAGAAAAGAAGCUACGAAAUUGAGUCAUUCGCUGGAAGUGGCUUCUUCUUCAGCCUCCUAACCGCCCUUAUCAAAGAUGCGCGUUCGGAGGAUGAACUAGUAGAGAUUGACCGAUUCAUGGCCAAGACCUACCCCGACCCCGCCAUGGCCGCCAAGGUUGAGCAGCUCCUGGACGCCACCAGGAAAGGUCUGGAGUGGAACCGCAGGCACUACGCCGAGGUGUCGCAGUGGCUGUUCGCGGCCACCGACACGGGGCCCGUCAGUCCGCCCACGGCGCCUACACUGCGUCCCACCGAGGGGCCGCCCACGCGACCCCCACCGAGGACCACCACAACCAUCACAACCACUACAGUGGCUACCACGACCGCCAAGGCCAAAGGUGCCGCGGGCCGAGCGACGGGCGUCGCCACCAUUCUACUGCCGUCUCUCCUGGCGGUCUUGCUUCUACGAAUCAUGGAUUUAAAUGCGUAGCCUAGCCUCAGCUACACGGUAACAACGGAACCUGGUUUUCCCAGGAAGCCUAUGGUGGAGACAUAGGCGAUUUCCAGGGAGUUCCUGGGAAAACCAGGUUCCGUUUCUACCGUGUAGGCUGAUGUAACCACAGUCCGCACUGAGAAUCCAAACGAUACGAAUAUAGCGUCAAUUGGUGCAAUGCUUUUACAUUGCACAUGAAGUGCAAUGCUUUUACAUUGCACAUGAAGUGCAAUGCCUCCCCAAUGCAUUAGCAUAGGGCUUUAUAGGGAAGCAUUGUACGUAAGGUGCAAUAUGGCUGUGGCAUUGCACCAAACGUGCUACGUUCAUAUCCUUUGGUAUCUCAGUGCGGGACGGGUGGCCACUCUAGAGCGCUUGGCGCCCCCGAAGCUGUCUUGCGUGAAGUCCGCAAUCAUUUUGUAUGAUCAAAUAUGGCAAUAACUACGGGCAAUAAAAGUACGUGAACAUUAA